ACUUCCUGAGCUGUGGGCACGAAGAGGUUACAGCGGGCCCGGAGCGCGCUGAGCUGAGCGAGCGCUUCCCUCUGCAUCCAGGAUCUCCUCUCCAAGUAGCGGCCCUCCGGCUCGCGGCGCUGGGGGCGGCGGCGGCAGCUGGGGGCGCCUGCACUGCGUCGCGCUGGGCGCCCCCACGGCCCCGCGAGGAAGGGGCAGGAGCCGGAAGGCGAAGGUAUCCGUGGCGGCGGAGUGAAGGAAGAACCAGGGUCUCCGGGCGGACGCCCCCCGCUGCAGCCCGCGGCCCCCGACGCUCUGGACCCAGGCCCGCGGCGCGGGAACCAGAGAGCUGCGAGCGGGCGCUGGGAGCAGCGGGGCGGCGCCUGCGAGGCCAGUUCCCCCGGGAGGGAGCCGGGGGCAGCCUCUCGCUCCCGGCCUGGCUCCCAGGAAAGGAGCCGCAGCUGGCCCUGGACCUCAGCCGGGGGCUGACAGCUCCUGUGGACUCUGUCCCUUCCAGGUGACCCCAGGAGAGGCAGACUCGGGGUGGGGAGGGGGCUGCGAGCAAGUGCCCCUCACCCUUGCUGGACAAGCCGAAACAACCACUGUGGCUUCUCCGGUGCACCCCACCGGUGCUGCUGGAGCCACGGUCAUUUCUACCCCGACUGGUGUUUGCGCGAGUGAGGAGAGGAAGAGGCACCGUCAACUGCACAGCCUCAGGCCAGCAGUUCCUGAGCCAACCCCGGAGUCCUGUCCUGGGACCCUUUAAGGUGCUGACAGCUGCCAUAGGGCCAGCACCUGAGAGCGCGGCAGAGCCAUGGAGUCCACAGUGGCCACGUCCGGGUCUGCCGCAGGCCCCGUCACCUUCUCCCACGUCUUCGGUCAGCAGUGCCAGCUUAUGGAAGCAGCCGUGCAGUCGCUGCACACCCUGAAUGACCAGAUUUCCCACUUCAUUGUCACCAAGUCGAAGGCUCUGGAGGAGGACAGGGACCCCUUUCUGCCCGCGGAGAAGGAGACGCUCAAGAGUUCCAUGGUGCUGAUGAGACAUCUGCUGAUGGACGCUCAGGCCAAAAUCCUGAGCAUGAUGGAAGACAAUAAGCAGCUGGCGCUCCGCAUCGAUGGGGCGGUCCAGUCGGCCAGCCAGGAGGUGACCAACCUACGAGCCGAACUCACGGCCACCAACCGGAGACUGGCGGAACUGAGCGGCGUCGGCGGCGGCCCGGGCGCGGGCCCGGGGGCCGCGGGCAGCGCCUCGGCGGCGGCGGCAGCGGCAGACGCGGCGGCGGCGGCGGCGAGCAUGGAGAACCAGCAGCUCAGCGCGCAAGGGCUGCUGCGAGAAGAAGUGUCCCGGCUCCAGGAGGAAGUCCACCUUCUCCGGCAGAUGAAGGACAUGCUGGCCAAGGACCUGGAGGAGUCCCAGGGCGGCAGGGCCUCCGAAGUCCUCUCGGCCACUGAGCUCAGGGUCCAGCUGGCCCAGAAGGAGCAGGAGCUGGCCAGAGCCAAAGAAGCCUUGCAGGCCAUGAAAGCCGACCGGAAGCGCUUGAAGGGCGAGAAGACGGACCUGCUGAGCCAGAUGCAGCAGCUGUACGCCACGCUGGAGAGCCGGGAGGAGCAGCUGCGGGACUUCAUCCGCAACUACGAGCAGCACCGCAAGGAGAGCGAGGAGGCGGUCCGAGCGCUGGCCAAGGAGAAGGACCUGCUGGAGCGGGAGAAGUGGGAGCUGCGGCGCCAGGCCAAGGAGGCCACGGACCACGCCGCGGCGCUGCGCUCCCAGCUCGACCUCAAGGACAACCGCAUGAAGGAGCUGGAGGCCGAGCUGGCCAUGGCCAAGCAGUCCUUAGCCACCCUGACCAAGGACGUCCCCAAGCGGCAUUCCCUCGCCAUGCCGGGCGAGACGGUGCUCAACGGCAACCAGGAGUGGGUGGUGCAGGCCGACCUCCCGCUGACCGCAGCCAUCCGGCAGAGCCAGCAGACGCUGUACCACUCCCACCCCCCGCACCCUGCAGACCGCCAAGCGGUCAGGGUGAGCCCCUGCCACUCCCGGCAGCCCUCCGUCAUCUCCGACGCCUCCGCCGCCGAGGGUGACCGGUCAUCCACGCCCAGCGACAUCAACUCCCCGCGACACCGGACGCACUCCCUCUGCAACGGCGACAGUCCCGGCCCCGUUCAGAAGAGCCUGCACAACCCUAUUGUACAGUCACUAGAGGAUCUUGAAGACCAAAAGCGGAAGAAGAAGAAAGAGAAGAUGGGAUUCGGCUCCAUCUCGCGCGUCUUCGCCAGAGGGAAGCAGCGGAAGUCCCUCGACCCCGGCCUCUUUGAUGACUCGGACAGCCAGUGCAGCCCCACGCGGCAGAGCCUCAGCCUGUCGGAGGGCGAGGAGCAGACGGACCGCCUGCAGCACGUGGAGCUGGUCAGGACCACGCCCAUGUCCCACUGGAAGGCUGGCACCGUGCAGGCCUGGCUGGAGGUGGUCAUGGCCAUGCCCAUGUACGUCAAGGCCUGUGCAGAGAACGUGAAGAGCGGGAAGGUGCUGCUGAGCCUGAGUGAUGAGGACCUGGAGCUGGGCCUGGGCGUGUGCAGCUCCCUGCACCGGCGCAAGCUUCGCCUGGCCAUUGAGGACUACCGGGACGCCGAGGCGGGCAGGAGCUUAUCCAAAGCAGCCGACCUGGACCAUCACUGGGUGGCCAAGGCCUGGCUGAAUGACAUCGGCCUGUCCCAGUACUCCCAGGCCUUCCAAAACCACCUGGUGGACGGGCGCAUGCUGAACUCGCUGAUGAAGCGGGACCUGGAGAAGCACCUGAACGUGUCCAAGAAGUUCCACCAGGUCAGCAUCCUGCUGGGGAUCGAGCUGCUCUACCAAGUGAACUUCAGCCGGGAGGCCCUCCAGGAGCGCCGGGCCCGCUGCGAGACGCAGAACACGGACCCCGUGGUGUGGACCAACCAGCGGGUGCUCAAGUGGGUGCGAGACAUCGACCUGAAGGAGUACGCGGACAACCUGACCAACAGCGGCGUGCACGGCGCCGUGCUGGUGCUGGAACCUACGUUCAACGCCGAGGCCAUGGCCACCGCCCUGGGCAUCCCCAGCGGGAAGCACAUCCUACGGAGACAUCUGGCGGAGGAGAUGAGCGCCAUCUUCCACCCGGCCAACUCCGCAGGAAUCCGGGAAACUGAGCGCUUCGGGACGCCCCCCGGGAGGGCCCCCAGCAUCACCCGGGCAGGGAAGGAAGAAAACAGCAGCGGCAUCAAGUACAAGGCCGGCCGGCUGCCCCUGGGGAAGAUAGGAAGGGGCUUCGGCAGCAAAGACCCCGACUUCCAUGAUGACUACGGCUCCCUUCAGAAUGAAGACUGUGGGGAUGAUGACCCCCAGGGCGGGCCCGAGCAAUGCCGUCUGGAAGGCUACAACGGCCUGGAGGUCACCAACGUGUGAGGACCCAGGGGCUCCACCAGGUGCCACGCGGGGAGACCCAGGGAGGGAGCAACAGACGCCCGGGCCUGCCCCACCCCGGACACAGCGACCCUGGCUGCCGAUGCCCCCCUACUCCUGGGCAAAUCCCAGAAGCCUUCAGAGAGCUGGCAACGCAGGCUGCCUGCCUUGGGCAGCCACAGACUUGCCUGCUUAACCAGAGCCCGGCCCAGAGGACCCGUCCUGGGAGGCAUCCCCUCCGGAAGCCAGGGUGUGCAGGCUCCAGCCCCGAGCAGUCAGCCGCCGAGCAGCCCACGUGUCCCGGAGCCUUGAACUGGGCCGCCCAGGAGGCCAGAGGCUCACGCUUUCCCCAGCAGCCCCCUAGGAGGAGGGGACUCCACCCUGUCCCCCCGGAGCCCGUGCACCUGCCGAUGCUGGGCGCAAGCGGAGCCGGCGUGUGGCAGGAAGCGCUGCCUCUUGCUGAGAUGAGGGCAGCGAGGUCUCAGUAGCUGCCGCGGAGUUCCGUGCACCCGAGAACUUGGGUUUGGACUCAGGUCACUGAGGGGGCCGUCCCUCCCUGCCCCCACCCCCGUCCAAGCUCUGUGUCACACGGGGUGGGAGUGCUGGCUCCGCUGGAGGCUUGGCAGCAGCACUCCCUGGGCCUGCAGAUAUCCUGUCCUCAGAGGGAAAGGCAUGGUGGUGACGAGGCCACGGGCGACUGUGCCACGUGUGGCUGUGGGUUUGGAAGCCGGGAUGGGGAAGUGCUUGUUGUCAACCCCCCGAAGCAGGUGCACGCCCCAACGCCCUAACCGAUCUGCACAUCCUGCAAAGCCGGGCGUGUUGGUGGUCUCGUCCUGCUGUGUGGCUUCUUCCGGGUGGCCUCACCUCUCUGUGCCUCAACGUCUUCAUCUACCACACUUCUGGGCCCCUCCCAGGGUCGUUGUGCGGAUUAACACUUGCUAAUGUCUGUAACACACUUUUGUAACCACUCAGGAGACAGCAGGAAGGGACCGGAAGGCCGUGUCGGGGUGGGGGGGACGUCUGAUGUCGCCCAGACAGCACGGUACAGACACUGAAUUGCUCCUCGCCGAGGCUGCUGUGGUCCAAGCACCAUGCGGAGAGUGGACCUGGGGCAUUCCACGUCCCACGCUCCAGAGCCGUCGCCAGCCGUGGGCAGCCGAAGGCGGGCGAUCCCAGGAGCCCAGCCCUGGAAGCCAGGUCGGCUCCGUGCUUGAGCUUGCGUGGGUGACCAAGGGACCUUGCUGACGAUGGCUGGGGAAGGAGCAGACGCGUGGGGUUCGACUUACGUCUCGGUUCUCACACUGAAGCUCCGGUGCUCGGCUUCCUUCAAGGCCGUUUACGCUGGACUCCGGGGGAGGCUUGACCGCCCGAGGCUGCGGUGGGCCGUGCCUUUUCCCUUGUGGGAAAAGCACAAACUGGGCCCUGAUGAUCUUGAACCUGUCCUCCCCGGGCUGAAGCCCAUGGCUCGCUCGCUCCCCUUAACAUGAGCGCAGUCUCGCUUCCUGCCCGACACCCGGGACUCGAGGGUGCCCGGGUAGACGUCGCCCUUCCCUCCAAAGUGGCCGCCCAGGGACACGUACCGGCCCCAGACCCGAGCCAGGGUGACAUCAGCCACACGACAAGGCCUUGGUGAGGUCCCAAAGCCAGGACCUUCACGAUGGUCAGCCCCGCCUGCGUCUGUAUCUGGUCAGCUGGAACCCACCUGCCCACAGGUGCCACCUACUUUGUUCUCAGACUGGGUCCCAUUGGGGUCAAGAUGGACAAGCGGAGAGCUGGCCAGGGGCCACUGGCGGCAGCCAUUGCCCAAAACGUGCGUCGCGUUAGAGCAGGCCUGGGGCCACCUGGGCCACGCCGAGGGCUCCUGUGGGUAGCAGUGAUGCUGCCACAGCGCACUGGCUCGGCCGUGAGGCUCCUGAGCCCCAGCAGCCGGAGGGGAUCGGGGCUGACUUCCAACACGAGCCGGGGCAGCCCAUCGAGGAACAGGCUCUGGGGUAGGAUCCGGGGAGCUUGGCCAGCUGGGCAAACCCUCAGGGUCAGCUCUGCUUCCUGGGUGGGCUGGGAAGAGACUUGACAGAGACUCUGGUCGCCGAUGGGCAAAGCCUGCCCCGCUCCUGUCCACGUGGCUGAGUAGUGGUCCUGGGCCCUUUAUAAAGGGAGGCGUGGCACCCGGCUUCGGCUGCUGUAGCCACGCCCGUGGUUGCUGCUCCCUGGGAUGGGGCAAGGUGGAUGGUGCCAGGGGUCAGGGAGAAUCGGGGGAGGGAUUCCCCCAGAGAGGGUCCCCUGCCCCAGCAGGCUCCGAAAGACCCCUUGUCCUUGGCCACACAGGGCCUCUCUCUGCAGGGUUGCUAUGAUCUGACUCCAGGCUGCAGGAGGCAGGGAGACACCACGCACACACCUGGACGGAGGAAGUAAUGGGGACAGAGACACAGUCCAGCCAGCCCGGGGCGGGGGGGGACACAGCUGGGGCUCAGGUGGGAGGUCGUGGACAAGGCUGGCUGGGUCGUGGCAGAGCAGGGAGAUGUGGCAAGAUGUGACUUCAGCACUCGUCGAAGGCCACCUGGGACCCCCUCCAGCCCGGGACCCUCUGCGGUGGGGAGAAGAGCUGCCACCCCCAGGCCUAGCGCCCUGCUCCAUCAGAGUUCGUCUGUCCAGGGCACUGGCGCCCGACCUCUGCGCUCCCGGCCCCCAGCAGGUUGAGUGGCAGGGAAGAGAAACCCAGCAGGCGACAGCUACUUCUGGGAGGAGGCGGCCGCCGAGCCGGCUUUCUGAGCCCUGGCCACCAGGGGGCGUCGUG